AUAACAAAACCAGCGCGCUGGCGCCGGGCGCCGCGGCUCCCAGUCUCCGCCCUCCUGCCACCUGCAGCCGCCUCGGCCGCGCCCGGCCCUGCGCCGCCGCGCUGCUGUGUACAGCCGGAGGGGUCAGGCGGAGAGCGGGCCGCGCCCUUUGGCCAACUUCUCCAGCGGCCACCGCGCCGCCUCGCGAGACCCGGGGCCGUGCCGUGGCCGUGCCGUGGCCGCCGCCGAGCAGCAAGCAGGGAGCGGCCGCUGCGGAGGACGCCCGGCAGGACUGUGCCCUGCCCGGGCGCGGAGGGCGACGGUGGCGGGCCCCGCGGCCUUCUUUCAGUCUGGAGCCCGGCGGAGCCCGGACCUGGCGGGGAAAGCCGCACCCACGGCCGGGCCCCCAGACCCUGCCGCCGCCGCCGCCGCCACUGUCCAUCAUCCUUGGUACCGGCAAUGGCCUUUGUAUCACCCGAUGCACUUGUGACUGACUUGGACACGGAAUAUUGAGAAGGUCCUUCCUUGCCGCCCUCCCCGUACCAGUCGUGCCGGCAGUUACCACCUCGGCUACUUGGGCUUAAGUACUGCUCCUCUUGCCCGUGUGCAACUUCGGGGGCACCAUGGACCAAAGCGGGAUGGAGAUUCCUGUGACCCUCAUCAUUAAAGCACCGAAUCAGAAAUACAGUGAUCAGACUAUUAGCUGCUUCUUGAACUGGACCGUGGGGAAACUAAAAACGCAUCUGUCCAACGUGUACCCUAGCAAACCAUUGACGAAGGAUCAAAGAUUGGUGUAUUCGGGCAGACUGCUUCCCGAUCAUCUGCAGCUGAAAGACAUUCUCAGAAAACAAGAUGAGUAUCAUAUGGUUCAUCUAGUAUGUACUUCUCGGACUCCUCCCAGUUCUCCCGAAUCCAGCACCGCUAGAGAAAGUCAUGAAGCAUUGGCAUCGAGCAGCAGUUCUAAUUCAGAUCAGUCAGGAUCAACAACUCCAUCAUCCAGUCAAGAAACCUUGUCUUUAUCUGCCAGUUCUUCCUCAGAAGGAUUGAGGCAACGUACUCUUCCACAAGCACAAACCGACCCAGCACAGACUCAUCAGUUCCCAUAUGUAAUGCAAGGAAAUGUGGACAACCAGCUUCCUGGGCAAGCUGUUCCAGCUGGAUUCCCAGUAUACCCCGCUUUCAGCCCUCUGCAGAUGCUGUGGUGGCAACAGAUGUAUGCUCAUCAGUAUUACAUGCAGUAUCAAGCUGCAGUUUCAGCUCAGGCCACAUCAAAUGCCAACCCAGCCCAGCCGCCUGCUUCACAGCCUCUAAAUUUGGCACAUGUUCCUGGAGAGGAACCUCCACCAGCUCCAAACCUAGUGGCCCAAGAAAAUCGACCCAUGAAUGAGAAUGUUCAAAUGAAUGCACAGGGAGGUCCAGUGCUAAAUGAAGAAGACUUCAAUCGAGACUGGCUGGACUGGAUGUACACGUUCUCCCGAGCUGCAAUUCUCCUUAGCAUUGUAUACUUCUAUUCUUCUUUUAGUCGUUUUAUCAUGGUAAUGGGAGCCAUGCUGCUGGUUUAUUUACACCAAGCUGGCUGGUUUCCUUUUAGGCAAGAAGGAGGUCAGCAGCAGGCUGCCAACAAUAAUGCCGAAGUUAACAAUGAUGGGCAAAAUGCAGACAACCUAGAACUUGAAGAAAUGGAGCGUCUUAUGGAUGAUGGGCUUGAAGACGAGAGUGGAGAAGAUGCAGGUGGAGAUGCCAGUACGGCUCAGAGGCCUGGAUUAAUGGCGUCAGCGUGGUCUUUUAUCACCACCUUCUUUACUUCACUGAUACCAGAGGGGCCUCCCCAGGUUGCCAAUUAGACCUGAAAAACUGUGCCAGCUCCGAAGGAAGGUCUGACGUUAGGAAAGUGUUUUAAAUAACAGUGCAAUUUCAAAAAAAUUUAUUACUUUCUUUUCAUCAUCAUGUACAGAGGUGUUUUUCCUUUAAGCUUCUCAUGCAUAUGAAUAUUUUAAGCACAAAUGGACUACUAAGUGUGUGAUUUAUUUUUUAAGAUCCUAACAGAACAUAGUAUAACAAUAUUGGUCUUCCAGGUUUUAUUAAUUUCAAUUAUGUAUAUUCUGUCCAGGCAGACCUAUUUGUGUGUCUUAUUUCUUUAAAGAGCUGCUUCACAUAUAAAUGUCUAUAGCUGAUAGCCCAGCCCUUCAGUGUGUAAUUUGAAUAAAUAUAUCUAUUUUCUGUGAAUUAUUCUGAAAGUUUUAAACAGAAUGACCUCAUAGUUUUUAAUAAAGAAUAUUAUUUACCUAAAAUGUGCUAGCAGCAUCUUGCCCAGCCAUAAAGCAAUAAACUUCUCAAUAAUCUUAAUUUUGACAUUUGGAUAAAUAAUGGAAACUUUCUAUUUUAAGGGCAUGUAUCCCAUCAAUUGGAAUUAAGUACCUUAAAAAAAAAAAGGCAGCUCUUCAAUGGAAUUAAUAGUGAUAUAAAUGUUUGAUACAGGCAGUACUUUUAUAAAAGAUGCUGGAAAUUGCUCCCUGUAAUUUUUUUAAAUAAAAGGUCAAUUAUGGUAAA